AUGAGUGAAAAGUCAUCUCCAAGUGAACCAGCUCCAAAUCAAGCACAAGCUCCAGCUCCAGCUCCAGCUCAAGCAGGUGAAGCUCCAGUUAAAGAAAAGUCAGCCAAAGAACUCGAAAAAGAACGUAAAAAGGCUGAAAAAUUAGCCAAGUUCAAUGCCAAAAAGGCCAAGCAACAAGCUGAUUCUAAAAAACCAUCUGAACCAAAAAAACCAAAGAAGGAAAAGAAACCAGCUGAACCAAUUCCUGAAUUCAAAGAUGAAACCAAACAGGGUGAUAAGAAGAUUUUGGUUUCUUUAGAAGACGCUGCUUUUAAAGCUUAUAACCCAAGUAAUGUUGAAAGUUCUUGGUACAAUUGGUGGGAUAAAUCUGGAUUUUUCGAGCCAGAAUUAACUAAAGAUGGUGAAAUUAAACCACAAGGUUCUUUCUCUAUUCCUGCACCUCCACCAAAUGUUACUGGUGCUUUACAUAUUGGACAUGCUUUAACCGUUUCAUUACAAGAUACUUUGAUCAGAUAUAAUAGAAUGAAAGGUAAAACUACCUUAUUCUUACCAGGUUUUGAUCAUGCCGGUAUUGCAACUCAAUCCGUUGUUGAAAAACAAGUUUGGUCUAAAGAGGGUAAAACCAGACAUGAUUACGGACGUGAAAAAUUCGUUGAAAAAGUUUGGGAAUGGAAAGAAGAAUAUCAUGCUAAAAUCAAGAACCAAUUCAAAAAAUUAGGUGCCUCAUACGAUUGGUCUAGAGAAGCUUUCACUCUUAAUCCAGAUUUGAGUGAAGCUGUUACUGAAGCCUUUGUCAGAUUACAUGAAGAUGGAACUAUUUACAGAGCUUCAAGAUUAGUUAACUGGUCAACUAAAUUAAACACUGCAAUUUCUAAUUUAGAAGUUGAUAAUAAAACUAUCGCUGGUAGAACUUUACUUGCAGUUCCAAAUUAUGAAUCCAAGAUUGAAUUUGGUGUCUUAACUAGUUUCUCUUAUGAAGUUGAUGGAUUAGAUGAAAAACUUACCGUCGCUACCACUAGACCUGAAACUUUAUUUGGUGAUACUGGUGUUGCUGUUCAUCCAAAUGAUCCACGUUACAAACACUUACACGGUAAAUUCGUUAAACAUCCAUUUUUAGAUAGAAAAAUUCCAAUUAUUUGCGAUGACGAAGCCGUUGAUAUGGAGUUCGGUACUGGUGCAGUUAAAAUUACUCCAGCUCAUGAUACUAAUGAUUACAAUACUGGUAAGAGAAACAAUUUGGAAUUUAUCAAUAUUUUAACUGAUGAUGGUUAUCUUAAUGAAAACUGUGGUGAAUGGCAAGGUAUGAAGAGAUUCGACGCUAGGUACAAAGUUAUCGAAGCAUUGAAAGCCAAAGGUUUAUAUGUUGAUCAAAAAGAUAAUGAAAUGACCAUUCCUCUUUGUUCUAGAUCUGGUGAUAUUAUUGAACCAUUAUUGAAACCACAAUGGUGGGUUGACCAAAAGGAUAUGGCUAAAGAAGCUAUUAAAGCCGUUAAAAAUGGUGAUAUCACUAUUACUCCUAAGACCAGUGAACUGGAAUAUUUCCAUUGGUUAGAAAACAUUCAAGAUUGGUGUAUUUCCAGACAAUUGUGGUGGGGUCACAGAUGCCCUGUUUAUUUUGUUGAAUUUGAAGGUGAAGAAAAUAGUAGAUUAGAUAAUACUUAUUGGGUUGCUGGUAGAACUUAUGAAGAAGCUUUAGAAAAAGCUAACAAGAAAUUUGGUACUGAACGUAAAUUCAAAUUAGAACAAGAUGAAGAUGUUUUAGAUACUUGGUUCUCCUCAGGUUUAUGGCCAAUUUCUACUUUAGGAUGGCCAAAGAAAAGUAAGGAUAUGGAAUUAUUUAGUCCAAUGUCAAUGUUAGAAACUGGUUGGGAUAUUUUAUUCUUCUGGGUCAGUAGAAUGAUCUUAUUAGGCUUAAAAUUAACCGGUGAAGUUCCAUUUAAGGAAGUCUUUUGUCAUUCAUUAGUUAGAGAUGCUCAAGGUCGUAAAAUGUCUAAAUCUUUAGGUAAUGUCAUUGAUCCAUUAGAUGUUAUUGCUGGUAUUCCAUUACAAGGAUUACAUGAUAAAUUACUAAGCGGUAACUUAGAUCCAAGAGAAUUGAAGAGAGCCACUGAAGGUCAAAAACAAACAUAUCCUCAAGGUAUCCCAGAAUGUGGUACUGAUGCUUUAAGAUUUGCUUUAUGUGCUUAUACUACUGGUGGUAGAGAUAUCAAUUUAGAUAUUUUGAGAGUUGAAGGUUAUAGAAAAUUCUGUAACAAAAUUUACCAAGCAACUAAAUUCGUUUUAGGUAAAUUGGGAGAAGAUUUCAAACCAACUGCUUCAAGAGAAUUAACUGGUAAAGAAUCGUUAGUUGAAAAAUGGAUAUUACAUAAACUAACUGUUACUGCUAAAGAGUGUAAUGAACAUUUAGAAAAUCGUGAUUUUUUCGAAUCAACCAAUUCAAUUUAUAACUUUUGGUAUGAUUUAUGUGAUGUUUACAUUGAAAAUUCUAAGUAUUUGAUUCAAGAUGGUAGUUUAGAACAACAAAUCCUGGCUAAAAACACUUUAUAUACUUGUAUUGAUGAAGCCUUAAAAUUAAUUCAUCCAUUCAUGCCUUUUGUUACUGAAGAAAUGUGGCAAAGAUUACCACGUCGUGCUAAUGAUGAAACUAAAUCUAUCAUGGUUGCUGAAUAUCCUCAAUUUGAUAAAUCUUUUGAAGACUUUAAAUCUUUGAAUGAUUAUAACCUAAUUUUGGAAACUACUAAAGGUGCUAGAUCUUUAUUAGCUCAAUACAACAUCUUGAAAAAUGGUUCAAUUUAUAUCGAAAGUAGUGAUGAAGAAACCAACAAAAACCUCAAAGAACAACAAGAUUCCAUCGUUUCAUUAAUUAAAGGUGUUGAAACUGUUAACAUUGUCGACAACGAUACCGUUAAAGUACCAAGCGGUUGUGCUUUACAAUCAAUCAAUACAACCACUACUGUUCACUUGUUAGUCAAGGGUCAAAUUGAUUUAGAUUUAGAAAUCAGUAAAGUCGCUAAGAAAUUAUCCAAUGCUAAAGAAAAUGAAAAGAAAGUUUUGGAAUCCAUUAGUAAAUUUACCGAAAAAACCGUUGAAAAGGCCAAAGAAGCUGCUUACAAUAGAAAUGAAAACAUUAAAGCAGAAAUCGAAGGUUACGAACAAACCAUCUCUGUUUUAGAAAACUUGAAGCUUUGA